CAUAGAGAAGAAACAAUGGGAACCCAGGAAUUUAUUGUACUAUAUACUCACCAAAAGCUAAAGAAGGCAAAAGUCUGGCAGGAUGGAAUUCUGACGAUCAGUCACUUAGGAAAUAAAGCCAUUUUAUAUGAUGACAAAGGACAGUGUUUGGAGAGUAUAUUUCUUAAGUGCCUUGAGGUGAAACCUGGAGAUGACUUAGAAGGUGACCGAUACUUGGUCACCAUUGAGGAGGUUAAGACUGCUGGACCCACCACUCUGGGGCAGACGGUCGCUAAAGCAGCCCCUGGCUUGGGAAAGUGUGUGCCCUCUGGCCGCGCCCAGGGAUGCCAGCCCGCUGGUUUAAAAAGGAAGUUUACUGGUUUUCAAGGACCACGUCAAGUGCCUCCUAAAGUAGUUGUUACAGAAAAUAGUGAACUGGCUCCAACACUUGAGGCUAAGAAAGCUGGGCCUCUGUUUCUUUCUUCACUUUAUGACACAUCUCCUUUGUUUUCUGUUGCUGGCCAGAAAGAUAUAAACAGGCCAGCAGUUGCUGAGAACAGUGUUGCUUACGAGAACAGAGAGAGAAAUAGCAUGCUGCCUUUUUCUUCAUCAGCCUUCAAGAUUCAUCCAGAAAUGCGAGGUGAUGAACAUGACUUUUGCUCUCCUGUCAGUCCUGAAAACAAGUGUUCCCGUUCUUUCCCAACUGACGAGCCCAUGAAGAGAGAUGGUUUGUCACUUCACCACUCAGGAGUUUCACACAGCAUCAGAAGCAAAGCCCGGAUAUUGGCUCUGCUGAAGUCCAAACCAACUGGUGUGUGCACAGAGUUGGAUUCUGAACUUCGAGAACACCGCCCUCAGGUACAGCCACAUGGCUGUGGAACCAUUCCUCCUCAGCCAGGGUGCUCAGCUGAGCAAGAAGAGUGUGCUGAGGGGAAGCGGCCAGAAGAGUUGCAGUACCCACAGCUAUCGGGGAACACCACGGGAAAAACAAGCCGCUGGGCCAUCUACUUGCCCUCACAGAGGUCACCGGAGCAUUCUUCAGUUGAAGAGGAAAAUGAUCCAGCAGGAAAACCCAAGGCCCAGGAAGGCAGCCUUGACAGUAGGAGAGACAUCUUGGCACAAAAAAGGAAACAUUUUGAGACAUGUGCAGAAAGAGGAAGGGAGGGUAAUGAAGACAAUCCGGUGGAUAAUCAUGAUCCACCCUGGGCUCAAGAAGGAGAAUUAGAGAGUCCUUCCUCCAGAGAAAGCAGUGCUGCUCCUGUUACCUUUGGUCCUGUUGAAAAUGGUGACUUUCUGUCAGAAUCUCGCAUUCAAGAAAAUAGGAAAAUACGUGUUCAUCAAAGCAACCCAAUGCGCCUGGAAGAAUCACUUCUCAUUCGAGAAAAUGCCGAGGAGAGAAGCAGACAUGUGGAACCCAAAGAGGAGUCUGGACAAGGGCCGGAACCGGAACAUCUACAGACGGAACCUUCCCUCAGAACCAAUGCCAGGCUCUCUGAUGACAUCACCCACGUGUCUUCUGAAAGUAAUAGUGAUAACGAAAAUCUUAAUCAAAUUUCCGAAUUUAGGGGUAAUGUCGAGCAACCCCUGGUGGAGGUGACGUUUAAUCUGAACAGUUUUGAAGCCAGCGACACUGAGGAGGAAGCACAGGGGAGCCACAAAAUGUCCCAGGACUCAGAGGAUUGGGGAGAGGAAACCUCAGGGACCGAUGAACAUUCUGGCCAUCAGAGGCAACAUGAUGAGGAUGAAAGUUGUAAAGAUGCUGGCGGUGCACAUCUGCACCUCCUUACGUCCUCGAGGGGUGAACCAACAGAGCCUCUCUCCCAGUUUUGUGAUAAAACUCGUGUAGGUUUCUACCCAGGACUCUGGAAAGCUGGGAAUACUGGGAAAGAAAUAGAGCAGGAAUAUAAUGACACAUUAAGCAAUUUUGACUCCUCUUUAGAGUGGCCAGAUGAUGAGAAUGUAGAUAAUAAAGAGGCCAAUCAGUCUAAAUCCAGCAUUCAUAAUGUCUUUAUUGCACUUCCAAAUACAUCUAAAAAGACAGAAACAAGUUCACUGAUGCCUCACUUCUCCAACAUAGCUACUAAUCAGCCUUCUAAAAACAAUUUAUUUUCAGAACAGGCUCAGCCUUUUGUUUGGGGAAAUGACUCAGAUGUGAACGAUGAACAGGUUUUAUUCCCAUCAACUUCUAGCUAUAAUGAGCGUGUCCAGCCACUGGAUGCUAAGCAAAAUCAUUUUGAAGAACGUGUCGCCCUUGGAGAAUCACAUACCCAAGUUUCCAGUGCUUUUUUUCACCCGCUGGGAACAAGGAAUCCUAUUUCUAAAGACACAGAGGUACAUAUUCCUGUGUCAAAAGAUUUGGAAAGGAUUCAGAAAUUGCCCCAGGACCUUAUGGAAGUAGAAACUGCCGGAGGAAAAGAGUAUUCAAAUAGUCCUAAAACUCCUUUGGAACCUUCUGGAUUCAUAAAUGACAUUUCUCUCUUAAAGUCAUUGUCUGAACACAGUACAGCUUUAGAAGGCCUGGAGAUAAUGCGAAGGAGAAACACUACAUUGAAACAGCAGCAGAGUCUCCGGACAGCCAAGCCACAGAGCUGUCCCAAAGCUGGGGGACCACUGACUACACUCGCCUCACAAGUUGUGCCAAAGCCUCCCCACCUGGAUCAGGAUUCUCCACAGAUGCUAAAAGAAAAUGAAGUAGAACCUGCUGAACCACUUCAAUCUUUGGAGUUCUUUUCCUUGAACACUGAAGAGGAGCCUCCUUUUGUAGCCUUUACUCCUAAACAGAUAGAGAUAGCGGCCUGUGACCCUCAGCCUGUUGAGUUUCAAGGGCACCAAGUGAGAGGAUCUGCUGCCGGUGCUAUGAUGCUCAGAAGGCCCAGCACUCCCCAGGGACAC